UGUCUCAACCCAUAUUUAGUCAUGGACACUUGUAUGUCAUUUUUUCUAGGGCCACAUCUGAAAAAGCAGUCAAGGUGAAAAUUCUUCAUACUCUUCUUACUCUGGGUCUCUUGGUAACCUCAAGUAAAACAUACUGGAUCGAUGGAUCUAUACAGGUUGGUGAAGGUGUCAACUUACAGUGGGAUAACCUUAGUGGGAGUAACAGGAAACAUUCUUAUCCUGGCUGCAUUUGCUGUGAUCUGUUAUCAAGAGCGUAAACUUAUAGGCUCAGAGCUUAUCCUUUGCCAUCUCUCCCUGGCCAAUCUCCUUGGAUAUCUUACCAGGAUCUUUCCCACAAUCCUUUUUGAGAUGGGAGUGAAAGGACACAUCAAUGACACAGGCUGCAAAGUGACCUCAUCUGUUUUCAGAAUUUUCCGUGGCAUGGCCAUCAGCCUUACAUGCCUGCUCAGUUGCUUUCAAGGGGCCAUUCUCAGCUCUGCUGGUACCAGUUCCACAAUUAAAAUGAGAAUCCAAGAGGGCAUGCAGCCAGCUAUUUGUAUACUCUAUGUGAUGAGUAUAACAGUUAACACACCUUUUGCUAUGUAUGCUACAGAAGCUUACAACAUCACAGGGGUCAAGUAUGCUUAUGGCCCAGGAUAUUGCAUUGUAGUGUACCCUAAUAAAGUGGCCUUUGCUGCCUCUGGCUUUGUUAGCUUUGCCCUUGACUUGGUUUUGGUAGUAAUUAUGGCACUGGCCAGUGGUUACAUUCUAUGGAUUCUUCACAGGCACAGCAAACAAGUGAAGAGUCUAAGAAGCUCCAGUUCCAGUAAGGGACAGGUUACUGCUGAGACUCAGGCAGCCCGUGCGGUGGUGACCCUGGUAACAUUUUACGUCACUCUGUAUGGAAUUGACAACACCAUCUGGCUCUAUCAAACAGUGUCCACCCACCUAUUAGCUUUGGUAACAGAUGUGAGAGUUUUCUUCACCACAUGUUAUGGUUCUGUUUGUCCCUUUGUGCUUAUUAUAUUUAACAGGAAAAUACGAAGCAAACUGAAUCCAUUGGCUAAAGAAUAAAAUUAUUUUAAAAGGGAGCUUUUGCCAUCACAGCUUUUACAAUUUUACAAAAUGGAUUUAUAUUUAAUUUAAUAAGAUUAAUUUAUUAACUCUUCCUAUAGCUUGUGUUUUUGUGUGUCAGUCUGUGUCUUUAU